CGAUAGAGCCGGCUGCACGCACGAAAAAACAUGACUCAUGCGGCGUUACCUCGCUCUGAGGCGUUCCAUGUAAGGCUUGAAGUGCAAGCGAGAGCGCGGAACGAGCGACAAAGAAGCACAAUCGGCCUUAGCGUUCGGCAGCGUUCGACAUCAGAAUAACACAGAUUGUGAACAUGAUGUGCCCCAUGAGAGACGCAUGGCCGCGUUGACAGCUGUUCAUUUGGUCAGCCAGGUGUUGGAGGAAGCCAACGUCAUUGCGAAUGCAGCCUAUGAUUCAGGACAGCCAUGGAAAUAUGUGCUAGGAUUGCAAAAGAUGGCUGGCUGCCUAGACGCAACGUAUGUUACAGACUCCAUUCUGUUAGUCCCCAAUGGAGACAAGGAGAACUUUAACGAGAGCAAGAUUAAUAGUAUCAUGACAUCCACACCACAGAAACUCGACAACAUAAUCCACGGUAACACUGAAUACAUGUUGAUUGGACAAGGAGAUGAAGUUUUCAAUGACGAUAGUGACACCACGAAAUCAACGUCAUUGUUCAUUAAUAAUCUAUUCGAUCUGAGCGAUGUGGAGCUCACAGCGUACUGCGACGAAUCAGAAACACAAGAUAUAAUUGAAACGGAUAUUUUGGUGACUAUGAAGAGUGUAAUGGAGUCGUUUAUAAAUUCCGCGUUAAAUCGCGCUUUUGGCGAAGAAACUGUAGCUCAAAGUAAAACACCUUCUGACGUUUCAAGCCAAUCCAGCUAUUCUUAUAUGGAUGACGCAACGUUCCCAACUUUAAAAGAUGACAUUUUGAAUAAUUAUGGAGAGGGAUCUAACAUGGUGGUGCCAGUGGAAAAUCACGACGCAAAUAUUGACAAGGUUGAUCUUGCGUCAUACGAAAAUGCGUUUCUGACAUUGAAUCGUGAGGAACAAUGUUCCGAGAACCAAGAAGAACCAAUAACAUUAGCGGAACCGAAUCCGUCGACACUUCAAGAAGUUAGCUUAGUGGAAGAUGGAUCGGGUGAUUUGAUUCAAGCUCACGAAGAGAAGAUUAAGGAGUUCACUGCAGUAUCAAAGUCAUCGACGAUGGCUUCCAAGCGGAGUACCCUUGCCCGCCGGUGUCGCUCGCAGGGUGCGCGACUCUUGGCUUGCCUUCGAGGAUGGUGGUGGAAACGUAAAGUGCUUGGCAAGAGGAAGGAAUCAAGACAUGGUUCUAUAUGUGGGAAGUGUCCAAUAUCGCCUGAGGCUCGAUGGAGAGCAGCCAGUCUCCUGGACAACCAUCGCUCGCCGUCGCUCCAGAACUACAUCUGGAAGUUCAACACUGUCAAUGAAGCUCUAGUCCACUCGUCCAGAUGGAAGGACAUCUCAUCAGAAAUUAAUUAAUUUUGAAAACUAUUGAAUUAUGUUAUACUGUCUGUAAAAAUUUAUCGUAGAUUAAUAAAUUAUAAAUUCAUUUUUUAUAUUAUUUAUAACGAGCGCCCGUACGCGAAUUUGUCUGCAUAUGAUUUCAUUUAAUACCUACAUGACGAUGGGUCCUUUAAGCUGGAUUUUUUUUUAAAUAAUAUAACCUCUGUUUUAAAAUAAACGCAGUCUAUGGCUGAGCUGAUCUAAA